AUGCCAAACUUCUUCGUCGAGGAAGAUCCUUUCAUCUCCGAUGAGUGCAAGGCCAUCUUCACUGCCUACAGUGGCAUACCAGAGACUGAGCUCGUGCCUCACAUUCGCCAACUUCGUGACCGAGCGUGGAAGACGUUCAAUUAUCCAUGCAUCGGCCGCUAUAGCUUCCUUGAAUUCAGCAUUGGCGAUCACGAAAUCUAUCCAAAGGUCCUGGAAAAUCUCAAGCAUGGGGCGACGCUUCUCGACCUUGCCUGCUGCUUUGGACAGGACCUCCGCAAAUUGGUACACGACGGAGUGCCCGCAAUGAAUCUGACAGGCAGCGAGCUUGAUGCCGACUUCAUUGCUUUAGGUUACGACCUUUUUCGCGACAAGGAGAAACUCAAGGCAACCUUUAAGACUGGUGACUUCUUCGCACCAGAGACUGCUGGUUUAGAACAUGGAGCUUAUGACUAUAUCCACGCCGCAUCGUUCUUUCAUCUCUUUCCGCGUGAAAAGCAGAUCGAAGCCAUUUCCAAGUGCGUUGCUAUGCUCAAGCAGAAACCAGGGUCCACCAUUUUCGGGAGACAAACGGGAACGAAAACGCCGGAAGAGCUCGAUGGAACGUCAAAUGGAGGCGCUUAUAGGCACAGCGAGGCGUCUUUUGUUCGGCUCGUAAAGGAAGUCGCAACGAAAUUGGGCGUCGAUGUGGACGUGCAGUGCGGGGUGGCAGAUGAGCCGUGGCCGGUCUCGAACGCGACAGAGCGAGAGCAAGGAUUUUCGACCUGGACGAGGCUGAAGUAUACUAUCACCAUACGGAGUGUCGGCGCAUGA